CGUGCCUGGCCUGCAUUCAAUCUUGUGACAUGUUUUGGAUGGCAUUUCUGAAGAAAAUCUGACUUCACACCAAUAUAUAAUAGUCUUUUCAGAUAAUUGUGAAUAUUCAUUGAUAUUACACCAAGACUCAAAAAGAGGUAGCUUCUUAAAGAUUAGUUGCAAUGAUGAAUCAAAACAUUUCAAUAAACUUUUCAUGUUUUGUUGCAUUAAAAUCUACUGGUCUCUCUUGUGCUUUGAAUGGAUCAAUGUGCACAGAACAUCUUGCGUUGGACAUUUGGAAAAUAUUGGUUCACUGAGUUACGUAGAUCUACCAAAUGUUGACACAUUUUGUUAUACAAUAUAAAAAAAUAUUAAUAUCAACACUGAUGUUAUCUGAAAGGUCUUUAAGGACUGUAUUGGGAAGCUGUCAAAUUCACAGUGUAAGAUACAUGUUUUCCAAAAUUUUAAUUCCUGCUUGAAAGCUUGAAUUUUAUCAUUGGCAACAAACACUGUCAGUUUUUCCUUGAAGUAUCAGUCUUACUUUUCAUUUCCAAUGAAGAGUCUGCCAAAUACCCAUACUUGAAUGACCAUAGUCAGUUAUCCUUUCAAUUAAAAGUGAUGUUCAAGGAAAAAUUGGCUGGUUCAGCUCUUAACUCAGUCACACAUGUCCUUUUCCUUGAGACAGCAACCGUACUUUGCUGAUUACAUGUGUUAUUAAAAAGAUAUUACUCAAGGGUCAGUCUUCAAUGAAAAUAAUUUUUACUGCUUCAUCAAAGACAUUCUUAAGUGAAACUGGCAGGGCUUUUCUCCUUGUUUUGUUUUUGUGUUUGUGUGUUAGUUUUCUAAAUAUGUGCAACAGUGAAGAAUGAAAUCAUUACUAGUAUGGUUUAUUGCUACUGCUGUGAUUCGAUUCGAACUAAGGUCCUAAUAGUUUUACCCGUCACUGCUUUUGUAUCAUCAUUACAGAUGUCAACGGAGUAAUAAGGGCAAAUGAUAGCUGAGUAUUAUUAUGAGAACAGUUUUGAUCUUGAGGAUGCCUGAAAGGGUCUCAGAGACACAUAGGGGUCCACACACCACACUUUGAGAACCACUACUCUAAGGUGUCUACAUAGUAAUGGAAAUGCCACAUGUGCUUCUUUGGCUUUACUAGGUAAUGCUAUAAUGUAGCACUUUGAAAUUUUUCCCCAAAGACCCCAAAAGGCAAAGAAUCCUGAAGAUGGGGAACCCUAAACUCACAAGGGUUCUCAUAGCUUCUGUGAGAUUUCCUUGAUGUAUCUUUGAAUUAUCUUAAAAUAUGCAUUAUGCUGUAUAUCUGUUGGUUUAGACUAAAAGUAAUGUUUUCAAUAACUCAUCAGUCAAAUUUACGUUUGUUUCUUGUAAAUAUGUAUGUAACAGUUUUGGUCUGUGAAGAUGCUCCAUAUUUAUGCUGGUACCUGUAUGAUUUCCUCCUGUUGGAGGAGAACUCCAGUGAGUGCCUUGGUCCAGCAUGAUUUAUCUUGGAGACUACAUGGUAGCAAAGAAGAGAUGACUUCAGACUUCCAGUCUUGGGGAACUAGGAGUACUUCUGGUCUUCAUGUCUUCCUUUUCUGGGUUGCUGUCCUCACCGUACAUGAACCCACUCAUCUGAGACAGAAACCUGAGUGUAAUCCAAACGCCACCGCUUCCUUUUCCUCCGCUCAUGGAAUUUCUUCCCCACCCAGUUUUGUUGAUUCUACUUCCCAAAUAUCUCUAGAAUAAAGCAUAUGCACCCCCUGCCUCUGCUUUGGUUUACACUCUUAUGUUUUCUCAAAGAGAAUUGAAAUGGUUGCCAGCCGACCUCUUUUUUUUUUUUUUUUUUUUUGCCUGAGUCUCACCUCUCCCCUCCCCAAGCCCUGCCUCUAUAAUCCAGUCUCCGCACUGCCGCCAUGGCAGACUUUCUAAAACACUCAUGUAAUCCAGAUAAUCCUAUUUAAGAUAUUUUAGGCAUUUUCUAAAAGGAUAAAGUUUGGACUUCUAGACUUUGCCAAGAAGCAAAAUCUAGAAGAUGCUUCGUCAUCUGAGCCCCUUUCCUGUGCCAUGUUGUAUGCUCCUUGUUUCAUUUGUACUGAACUAUCUGUUCUGCAAAUCAUACUUAUACCUCCUUUCCUUGGCAUAUUCUUUUCUGUUUCUGAAAUAUCUUCAACUCAUUUAUGUGCCUGAUAACCUCCUACUUAGCCUCCAACACUCAGUUCUCUGAGAAGCCUUUCCUGCUUCCCCUCCUCCAUUGUCCCACCUGCCGGGUAGAAUUAGGCAUCCCCUACCCCUAGCUACCCUGGUUCCCGUAGCUCUAUUGUAGUAACCUCCUGUGCAUAGUAUACUUUCUUACUUGUCGAUGUUCUUAUUGACUGAGCUUUUAAAGGGCAUGGACUUUCUUAUUCAUUUUUGUACAUUCUUGCAGAUAACAGUAACUGAUUAUAGUAGGUGGUCAAUAAAUAGUGCUGAAUAAAUGAAUGAAGGGAGAAGUAAAGAACUGGUCACAGAAUCCAAGAAAUAGGGGAUGUUCUAUUAAUGUUGUUGAAUGAACAAAUGAAUGAAGUUAAGAAGGGGAUCCCACAGAAGGUGUUUCGUAAACACUGCUGAAUGAAUAAACAAAGAAGUUAAGACUGGGUCACAGAAUCAAAGGGUUUUAGAGGUAGAAAGAACUUUGGAAACCAUCUCCUGCUGUCUUCCUCUUUCAAAAAUGAGAAAACGAUUUGCCUAAAUUGUCCCGGGCUGGGUACAGGAAGCGAUGAACAGUGCCCUGGACAUUCACGUGAAUGUAGCCUGGAGAUGACUGGAGGGAGUCACGUGCUUCUCCUCCCUUCCCGAGGAGACUUGCCCAGAAGAGCAGAGGCCGUGGCCUGUGCUGCAGGGGAUACCACCGUCUAAAUGCAAGAGAGAACUUUUGCGGUUGGAAGUCUGUGGCACAUUCCAGACUGUGGAGUCUCCCCUCAGCUAUUGGCUGUUGCUCUCUUUCUGUCCUCAAACUGUGCCAAGACUGUCAGAUUUUCCUGAUGACUGGGCAUAUUCUGCAUCUGGAUUCCAUGGUCAUAACAACCAGAAGUUUCCUGUCUUCUUUGGUUGGGGUGAUUAUGAUAUAGAGCUGGGUAACAAUAUCAACAGUUCUGAGAUGUUAGUAGGCAGGAAGAGGCGGAGGGAGAGCUCAGUGAAGGAGAACACUGGUAUGGAAACUCUUCAGAGACUCCGUCAGAAGCAUCCUUUGGGGAAGUCCAGGAGAACUAUAAGUUGUCUCUGGAGGACCGGAUCCAGGAGCAGUCCACGUCCCCCGACACCUCCUUGGGAAGCACCACUCCCAGCAGCCACACACUGGAGCUGGUGGCACUGGACGGUGAGGUCCUGCGAGACUCACUGCAGUGUCAAGAUCACCUUUCCCCGGGAGUGUCUUCUUUGUGUGACGAUGACCCAGGCUCCAACAAGCCCCUGAGCAGCAACUUGAGGCGGCUGCUGGAGGCUGGUUCCCUCAAACUCGAUGCUGCAGCCACCGCCAAUGGCAGAGUGGAGUCCCCCGUAAAUGUUGGCUCGAACCUCUCCUUUUCCCCACCUUCCCACCACGCCCAGCAGCUCAGUGUUCUGGCCAGGAAGUUGGCCGAGAAGCAGGAACAGAAUGACCAAUACACUCCAAGUAACCGUUUUAUAUGGAAUCAAGGUAAGUGGUUGCCAAACUCAACCACCACCUGCAGCUUGUCUCCGGAUUCAGCCAUCCUAAAACUGAAAGCUGCAGCCAAUGCCGUUCUGCAGGACAAAUCUCUCACCAGGACUGAGGAGACCAUGCGAUUUGAGUCCUUUUCCUCCCCUUUUAGCUCCCAGUCUGCCAGUUCUACCUUGGCCGCUUUGUCCAAGAAGGUCAGUGAGAGAAGUUUGACUCCCGGUCAGGAGCACCCUCCACCGGCCAGCUCCUUCCUUUCCCUGGCUUCUAUGACUUCCUCAGCGGCCCUUCUGAAGGAGGUGGCAGCAAGGGCUGCGGGCAGUCUUCUGGCUGAGAAGUCAUCGCUGCUGCCUGAGGACCCUCUACCGCCCCCGCCUUCAGAGAAGAAACCAGAAAAAGUCACUCCGCCACCUCCAGCACCACCUCCACCACCUCCACCACCACCACCACAAUCCCUGGAAUUAUUAUUACUCCCAGUUCCUAAGGGAAGAGUUUCUAAACCCUCCAAUUCAGCCUCAGAAGAGGAAAGUGGAAAGCCUUUCCAGUGUCCAAUAUGUGGUUUGGUUAUUAAAAGGAAGAGUUACUGGAAGCGGCACAUGGUGAUUCACACAGGUUUAAAAAGUCAUCAGUGUCCACUGUGUCCAUUCCGGUGUGCUCGCAAGGACAAUCUCAAAUCCCACAUGAAGGUUCAUCAGCACCAGGAUCGGGGAGAGACCUUUCAGUGCCAGCUGUGCCCUUUUACUUCCUCACGCCACUUCAGCCUGAAACUCCACAUGCGUUGCCAUCAGCACUUCCUGAGGACAGAAGCCAAGGUGAAGGAGGAGAUCCCAGACCCAGAUGUCAAGGGAUCUCCCCACCUCAGUGACAGUGCCUGCCUGGGGCAGCAAAGGGAAGGAGGAGGGACAGAGCUAGUGGGGACCAUGAUGACGUCUAACACUCCAGAGAGGACUAGCCAGGGAGGGGCUGGCGUCUCGCCUUUGCUGGUGAAGGAGGAACCCAAGGAAGAUAACGGCCUGCCCACCUCCUUUACUUUGAAUGCUGCCGACAGGCCCGCCAACCACACAAAGCUGAAAGACCCCUCCGAGUAUGUGGCCAACAGUGCGUCAGCAUUGUUCAGCCAGGACAUCUCUGUUAAGAUGGCGUCUGAUUUUCUCAUGAAGCUGUCAGCUGCAAAUCAGAAGGAGCCCAUGAAUCUUAAUUUUAAAGUGAAAGAGGAGCCUAAGGAAGGGGAGUCCUUAAGCACGACUUUGCCUCGGUCCAGCUAUGUGUUCAGCCCGGAAUCUGAAGUGUCAGCCCCAGGCGUCUCUGAGGACGCACUAAAGCCCCAGGAAGGGAAGGGAAAUGUGCUAAGGCGGGAUGUGUCAGUCAAAGCAGCCUCUGAACUUCUCAUGAAACUCUCAGCGGAAAGCUACAAAGAAACACAGAUGGUGAAGAUUAAAGAGGAACCAAUGGAGGUUGACAUCCAGGACUCCCAUGUCUCAAUAUCACCCAGUCGGAAUGUUGGCUACAGCACUUUAAUCGGGCGAGAGAAAACCGAACCCUUACAGAAGAUGCCAGAGGGCAGAGUACCCCCAGAGAGAAACCUCUUCAGUCAGGAUAUCUCUGUGAAGAUGGCUUCCGAGCUCCUCUUUCAACUGUCAGAAAAAGUGAGCAAAGAGCACAAUCAUACAAAAGAAAACACCAUCCGGACCACCACCAGCCCUUUCUUUUCAGAAGACACAUUUAGACAAUCACCAUUCACCUCCAAUUCAAAAGAACUGCUGCCCAGUGAAUCUGUGCUUCACGGAAGAAUAUCAGCUCCAGAAACAGAAAAGAUAGUCCUAGAGGCAGGGAAUGGAUUACCAUCCUGGAAAUUCAAUGACCAACUUUUUCCCUGUGACGUGUGUGGGAAAGUGUUUGGCCGACAGCAGACCUUGUCCCGACACCUGUCGCUGCACACAGAGGAAAGAAAAUACAAAUGCCACUUGUGCCCCUAUGCUGCUAAGUGCCGUGCAAAUCUGAACCAGCACUUGACUGUCCAUUCCGUGAAGCUGGUGAGUACAGACACCGAGGACAUUGUCAGCGCCGUCACCUCUGAAGGCAGUGACGGGAAGAAACAUCCUUAUUAUUACAGUUGUCACGUGUGUGGAUUUGAGACAGAGCUCAAUGUCCAGUUUGUCAGCCACAUGUCACUCCACGUGGACAAGGAGCAGUGGAUGUUUUCAAUCUGCUGCACUGCUUGCGACUUCGUCACCAUGGAGGAAGCAGAGAUAAAGACUCACAUUGGCACCAAGCACACAGGGGAAGACAGGAAGACCCCCAGCGAAUCAAAUAGCCCCUCUUCAUCCUCCCUCUCAGCUCUGAGUGAUUCGGCCAACAGCAAAGAUGAUUCAGAUGGUUCCCAGAAAAACAAGGGCGGGAACAACCUGCUGGUCAUCUCUGUCAUGCCUGGGAGCCAGCCCUCACUGAACAGUGAGGAAAAACCAGAGAAAGGGUUCGAAUGCGUUUUUUGCAACUUUGUCUGCAAGACGAAGAACAUGUUUGAGCGUCAUCUGCAGAUACACCUCAUCACCCGGAUGUUUGAGUGUGAUGUGUGCCAUAAGUUCAUGAAGACCCCCGAACAGCUGCUGGAGCAUAAGAAAUGCCACACUGUCCCCACCGGUGGGCUCAAGUGCCCAUUCUGCAUUUAUUCCACCAACCGCCCCGCUGCCAUGGAGUGCCACCUCAAGACCCACUACAAGAUGGAGUACAAGUGCCGGAUCUGCCAGACGGUGAAGGCCAACCAGCUGGAGCUGGAGACGCACACCCGGGAGCACCGCCUGGGCAACCACUACAAGUGCGACCAGUGCGGCUACCUGUCCAAGACCGCCAACAAGCUCAUCGAGCACGUGCGCGUCCACACCGGGGAGCGGCCCUUCCACUGUGACCAGUGCAGCUACAGCUGCAAGCGCAAGGACAAUCUCAACCUGCACAAGAAGCUGAAGCACGCCCCACGCCAGACCUUCAGCUGCGAAGAGUGCCUGUUCAAGACCACACACCCUUUCGUCUUCAGCCGCCACGUCAAGAAGCACCAGAGUGGGGACUGCCCCGAGGAGGACAAGAAGGGCCUGUGUCCAGCCCCCAAGGAACCGGCCGGCCCGGGGGCCCCGCUCCUGGUGGUCGGGAGCUCCCGGAAUCUCCUGUCUCCCCUGUCGGUUAUGUCCGCUUCCCAGGCUCUGCAGACCGUGGCCCUGACAGCAGCCCACAGCAGCAGCUCAGAGCCCAACCUGGCACUCAAGGCUUUGGCCUUCAACGGCUCCCAUUUGCGCUUUGACAAGUACCGGAACUCAGAUUUUGCCCAUCUCAUUCCCUUGACAAUGUUAUACCCCAAGAACCACUUGGAUCUCACAUUCCACCCUCCCCGACCUCAGACUGCGCCUCCCAGCAUCCCCUCACCCAAACACUCCUUCCUCGCCUAUCUCGGACUGAGAGAAAGAGCAGAGACUGUCUGAGGGCAGCCAUGUUCUGUACCAAAAACAAAGAGACAAAAGACAAAAAAAAAAAAAACCCACAAAACUUAAACACAACCCCAGCAGGUGUAUGUUGCUGCAAAACCUACAGACCCCCAUGGGUCUGAAACAUGUGUACUGUAUAUCUUUAGUAAGGAAUAGAGAAUUGGCUCUGUGUGUAUACCUAUUGCAUUGACCUGAAAGCUGCUUUAUCCAAUCUUCAGAGAGGUGACCUACUGCAUACUUCUACCUUCAGAGGCAUGCCUCCCCAGCCACCCACUCCCACUCUCAGCCCUUCUCCGUACUUUUCUCUGAAAGGAAUCUUGUCUUGUUAAACCCUAAAGAGAGUGUCCUUAAUAGCAAUCAGCACUUGUAAGCUUAUAUACUGGUGCAUUUGGUUUUCUGUUGGGUGAAUGCGGUGUGUGGGCGUUUGUGGAUUCUGAAAGAGAAAGCCGUGUGUCGUGUGCCAUGACAUUUCUAUUGCACAUUCUUUGUACUGGCUUCUUUAACAGCGAUGAACGUUCUUUUCCCUCCUGGGUUGUUCAUCCACGACAGUCUCUCCCUGUGCUCCUUCAUCACCUUUCCCUCUCUCUUUGACGGCUACAGAGUGGUAGGGCCUGGUGCUUAGUCGAUGAAGGAAUGGUAGACAUCUACAGUGCUGCUGGAGAUUUCCACCAGAGCGCUGGAGACCUUGUACUCAGAUCUUCUCUGGCGAUGAAGAGGCGAGGAAUCAAGUGACUGAUCUGGAAGAAAUAUCUCGCAGCACUGCAGCAAACAUCACAGAACUUAAGUGUGUUUUGUGUGUGUGCCCACACAUAGACAAAUGUGUACGGUGCACACACACAGUGCAUCAUUUUUUAAGGGCAGAUUAUAUAUAUAUAUAUGAUGUAUUAAUUCAGUGGUUACCAUUUGUUUGCAGGAAAAAGAAAUGUAUGAGUGAAAAAAAUUUAUGGUUGAUAAAUCCAGCCAAGGAGAUUAAAAGGGGUUUGGAUAAAUUCUGGGUAUAAAUGCUCAGACUAAAAAAAAGAAACGGCAGUUUUGCACAGUGCUGUGGUCUUGCACUAGUUUUUGUUUCUCAUCUGAAAAAAGUAAAAAGGAAGAAAAUGUACCUUUUUUAUGGAAUGAGUAGACUGUAUGUUUGAAGAUUUAGCCACAACCUCUUUGACAUAUAAUGACGCAACAAAAAGGUGCUGUUUAGUCCUAUGGUUCAGUUUAUGCCCCUGACAAGUUUCCAUUGCGUUUUGCCGGUCUUCUGGCUAUAUCGCGGUAUCCUCCAUGUUAUUAGUAAUUCUGUAUUCCAUUUUGUUAACGCCUGGUAGAUGUAACCUGCUAGGAGGCUAACUUUAUACUUAUUUAAAAGCUCUUAUUUUGUGGUCAUUAAAAUGGCAAUUUAUGUGCAGCACUUUAUUGCAGCAGGAAGCAGGUGUGGGUUGGUUGUAAAGCCCUUUGCUAAUCUUAAAAAGUAAUGGGUGAUUUAAAAAGAAAAAAGGAAAAAAUCUUUGGCUGAAUAUGUUCAUUGCUUGUAUUUUUAAAACAACAGAAUUUCCAGUAUGAAACAGGCUGAAAGAGCAGGAAGAAAUGUUCUUUGUAUAAUAAUGGGAAGUUUGGAAUAUAAAAGUUUAUAUAUUUAAUUUAUCUAUUGGAGAACUGGUGUACAGGAGGAACACUUUCUUACUGUGUUGCUGUUUUCCAUCAUGUGUUAUCCUAAGAGUUGGGGUUUUUUAAAAUCUGUUUCACCAGGGGAAAAUAAAAGCAUCCCUAAUGUUCUUCCUCUAGUCAGUUUGCUUUGCUGAAAGCUCCCUGGAAAUUAGUACAGUUCUACAGGAAGCCAGAAGACUGUACUGUCUGUCCACACCAUGGUCUCCUCAGUCCCCUCCAUGCCAGCCCCUCUCCCCCACACCCAGCAGGUACGCUACACCUCCCUUUGCCAGUCAUCCCGCCAUGGAUGGGGAGCCUGCUCGGUGCCCUGGCAAAUCUGUUUACACUAAGGAGAUGCCCACAGGGACAGGGAGGCCAAACCAGCUAGGGCGGGAAGCUCCCAAACCCUCAGUCAUUCUCCAGCAGAGACCUUUGUUCUCGGCCGGGUUUGAAACGAUGUUCAACCUCGCCACAUCAAUGUCUCAGUAAAAGACACUAUAGAUAGUUAUGGACAAUACACUCCAAGAAUACUGGGCUUAUGGGUGGGUUGGGUUGUUUUGUUUUCAAGUCAUGUCUUUAUCCCCAUAUAAUGGAGAAUGUGCCACUUGGCUAAUAAUGUGUUUUCAAAAUUACAAGUUCAGUGUUGACAGGAAAGUGGGCUAAAGUGAUCCCACAGAGGCUGGUAGAAAAGGUGAAUCACACUCAAGCACCAGCGGGUUAAAACCCUGAAAGGGUGGCCCUGACAAUUCGGACCAUAGGUUUUACAGCAUGCCACUUGUGCAAUAGGAGGUCUUAGGAUUGAAAGUUUCAAGAACAAGAGGGGGUGAAAGAAGGAGACGUUUACUGCUCAAAUGCCAUGCAUUUCACUGCUUGCCACUGAACUUGUAUUUGAAUGACUUAGUCAUGCUUAAUAUAAUUGGGCAACUUUUUUAGCACUUUGGAAAGAGUCAUCAAUCUUUCUGGUAAAUUAUAAAAGUUUUCUGAGUGAGAAAAGGUGUGUUUGGAGUUUGUUUGACUUUUUAUAUUAUUAUUGUUAUUAAUAAAGAAAAAAAAUCUACAGCAUUUUUCAGACUCCACCCUAGAAAAUAUGUUCCCCUGAAUUUGGUUUGCAGUUUGAUACUCAGGGAAGGAUGUAUUCCAUAGAUAUCCUUUCCGUGUAAAACACUAACAUCUUUGAGAAAUUCACCUACCAACUAACUUCAAUUGUUGUCACUAUGCAUUCUUCAAUGAAAACUAGCUUAUUUUUCCAUAUAGUAAUGCAGUUAGGGUUCUCAGCACUUUCUUUCUUCUAUCCUUUUUUUAACUCUUCAUAUUAUGUUCAGAUGAUCAUACUGUCAAGGUUUGUGUACAUUACUGAAAAUUUGUAUUGUAUAAAGCUUUUUGCAUUACAAGGCUGUACAGGGUCAUUUUGACAGUAACUGGUAUAUUCCUUUGCAUCUUAUGUUGCAUUGCCAAUUUCUAGUGUAUCCAGUUUGAAAGUAUAAUAUACUCUAAUUAAAAAAACAAGUUGGCUAUA